AUGACGGCUGCGUUUCUCUUCCUGACAGCCGCCGCGCUUACGGUCGCCGGCGCCAGGGCCGCCAGCACGGUCACCGUGCCGCUGCAACGGCGCCAGCGAUGGAUGGAAGCGGAUCGCUGGGGAAGGCGACAGAGCACCACAGAAUACUUCGGCCACCUCUCCCUUCCCGACGACGAAGCCGGCGCCUGGCGCACCUGGCGCACGGUCGGGGUGAGUUUCGACACUGGCAGCGGCAACGUGGUGCUGCCGUGCGCGCCACGAGAGGGGCCCAGGUUGAGGUACGACGCCUGCAGCGUCUCUGGCUCCGAGUCGCCCGAGCCACCUUUGACCUUGACCUUCGGCACCGGUGAGGUGAACGGCUCCUAUGCGGACGCGCCCAUCUGCGUGGCCUCUCUCUGCGCAAAGCUGCGAUGGGUGGCGGGCUGGCAGCUAAGCGAAGAGCCCUUUGGGCAGGCGCCCUUCGAAGGAGUCCUGGGCCUGGCUCUGCCGGCCUUGGCCGAGGGCGGCAACUUCUCCUUCUUCGAUGAGUUGGCAAACUGGCAGCAGGGCUCGGAUGGCGGAUGGGGUGCAAAAGUUGUAGUAGUCUUCACCCAAAAAGCCAAGCUGGAGCUUGCAACAGAAUAUGCCGGACUGUCGUACUGGAGGAAUGUGAUAGGACCUGCCUGCCUAGCCAUGUACUUCGGGGAAAGCAAGGAAGUGAACACAGAGGUGAGUAGACGCCUGGAACAGAACGUCUUCGCCAUCUACUUCCCGCAGGAUCCAUGGGAAGAUGCUGAGCUUCUGCUGGGCGGGAUCGAUGAGCGACGGAUGGAGACGAAGCUCACGUGGGUGCCAGUCUCAAGACCCGGCUUCUGGCAGGUUGCAGUGCGCGACUUGACUCUGGACGGCGAAGACAUGAACCUUUGCGGAUCGCAAGGUGAGGAGUCAGAUCUGCUGCUGGACUUGGAUGCUUCAGACGCCUUGCAGCUGAUGGCGGUGGAUGUGCCGGCUCCGCAUGGCCCGGUGAUGUUACUGGGAGAUCUCUUCCUAAGGAAGUACUACACCGUCUACGAUCGCCAGCGCCUUCAGAUUGGUUUUGCUUUGGCUCGUCAUGGAGCAAAAAAAUACUGCGAAGCGGUUCAGGGCCAAAAGGUUGGAUAUCUCCUUCCCAUGUUAGGGGAUGAAUGUGGGGUUUGA